AGGAAAGCCCUGCGUGCAUCUGACGAAUCACUCUAGUCCAGACACCGGAGAGCUCGCGCGUCCCGAAUGGCAGCGGCGGCGGCAGUGAGCGGGAGAUAGGGAAUCCCCGAGUGUCGCCGCAACGAUUCCGACCCGGUUCACAAGCGAUGCUGGUUUUAAUGGCCGGUUCUGUCAGCAUGGCACGGGGACGCGUUUGAUGCGCUCUUUGGACCGGACUGUCAUCGCUGCGAAGCGCUCGCAGUUCUAAAGACUGUAGUAAUAAAGACUCUCAUCAUCAAGGAUUUCAUUUUUGACUGGACGCGACUGGAAGUGUUUUCCACUCAUGAGGCAGCCACCGAGCGAGUUUGAUAGCAUGGCACUGAGCGGCACGCUUUUGCCCUCUAUUUCCACCUUUGCGAGCGACGCAGAUGUGAAGCACAAGGCCAUGACGGGACCUGGAACUGCCAGUUUAAGAUGGAAGGAGGAGAUGUCUCAUCUGAAACGCCCCUGCAUGUCUACAGGUGGGACCUGCGCUGAUCAGGACGUCCCCUCCGCGAUGACCAAGAAGGAGCCAGAAGAGCUGGAGCUCUUGGACUAUGAUUUUAUUUUGUCGAACAGCAUGCUGCAACAGCAGCAACAGCAGCAGCAGCAACAGCUGGAGGCCUCGAUGGCCAGCACUUCCAGAAAUCUUGCGCCUUCCCCUACUUCCUACAGCUAUCAGAUGCCCUCUCCUCAGGGCCAAGAGUCCAGCAUGUUGUACAACAUCCCGGACAUCAGCGACGUAUCUCCCUCGGGAGGUUUUGUCGCUGAACUGAUGAGGCCGGAGCUGGAUCCUGCGUAUCUUCAGCCCACGAGCCUCCACGGAAAAUUUGUGGUGAAGACCACCAUGGACAUGACCGAUUACAGCCAAGGGCUCAGCGUUAGCAAGGGCGGCUCGAUGUCGGACUCUUCCUCAAUGCCGUUUGUGUGUCCUAAGAUAAAGGAGGAGCGUCCUAGCCCCUGCACCAUCACCCGACCGAUGGAGCUCCAUCUGGGGGUGAACUCACAGCCUGGGGUCGGCCAGAGGCCGCUGAUGGACCCUCACUGUUUCAGCACGGGCCGAGGGCCCAUGGGGCCCAGUCGCUCUUCCACUUCCUCUCUGUCUCCGGACGAGCAUCCUCAAGCUCAGGUUCUGGGGCCGCCUCCGUUGUCCCUGGCCCAGGGAUAUCACCCCUCUCCGGGUUAUUCUGGCUUUCCGCAGCCUCCCGCCCAGUCGUUGCAGUAUCAAGAGCUGAUUUCUCCCACCGAGUGUUUGCCUGAAGAGUCCAAGCCCAAGCGGGGUCGACGCUCCUGGCCGAGGAAGCGGAUAGCGACGCACACGUGCGACUACGCAGGCUGCGGCAAAACGUACACCAAGAGCUCCCAUCUCAAAGCCCACCACAGGACUCACACAGGAGAAAAGCCAUAUCACUGUGACUGGGAGGGAUGUGGCUGGAAAUUCGCCCGUUCGGACGAGCUCACGAGGCAUUACAGGAAGCACACGGGCCAUCGGCCAUUUCAGUGCCAGAAGUGCGACCGAGCCUUUUCCCGGUCCGACCACCUGGCGCUGCACAUGAAGCGCCAUCUAUAACCGAGACCGGAGGAGCCCGAAAAAGUGAAGAUACUUGUGGACUAGUGAACCACGUGUUGCCUUUGAACAAGAGUCAACGAAACUAGAGCUCCAUGACAAGCUGUGUUGUCCACAGCAUCAGGGUUGGGACUUUUCGUGCUUCUUCUGUUUGUUUUUCCCUUUUUGUCAACGUCUUCCAACAUGCUGGUGAUUUGAGAGGCCCUGUCCGUUUCCUGCACACUGGGACAAUACUGGAAAGUGCGUCUACUUACCAACAAAACUUGGAGAUACCAAGUGCCAAACGCAAGACUGGAAAUAUAUGAAUAUCAGGGAUAAAUGGAAACAUUAGAACAAAUGUAUUAAAGAGGCCUUUAAUUGACCUACAUUCCAUCACUCAAACACUGAUCCGUCUUAUGGAUUGUAUUUUUUUUUUUA